AUGUCACACACGUUUCAGGCGACCAACAAGAAGGUGCUGGGCGUGCUGAGUAUCAGUGCAGAGACCAAGAAGCUGGAGUGGACGCCCGUUAGUGGAGAUCGAGCACCCAUCAAUGUCAACCUGGCCAAUGUCACCAACUUGCAGGCCACACCCGAAAACUCGGCCAAAAUCAUGCUCAAAAUCGUCGCUGGCGAUGAUCCCUCGACAUUUGCCUUUUCCAAUCGAGGUACCAUGAUUGAGUGUCGAGACGUGCUUCAAGGAUUAGUUUCCAGAGCUAGAAGAGAGGCCUCCAACCCACCUCCUUCAGCAACAGGAGAUGGCUCAUCUACACCCGCCACAGCGACUCCACCACCGAAAAAGGAAGAGAAGAAGGUGGCCAUGGACGAUAAGAGUCUGUUGGCGGACUUUCAGCUGCAACAGACUCUCCUCAAAGAGAGUAAGGAGCUGGGUAAGGUGUUUGCAGCUACAGUGAUCCACGGAGGACUUAAGCCUGAGGAGUUCUGGAGCAUUCGAGUGCAUCUUCUGCGAGCCUUUGCAUUGACCAGUAACCAGAAGAAGGGUCCUUACAAUGUCUUGUCUACAAUCAAACCCACUACUGGUUCAGAUAACACAGUCAAUGUGCAACUUACACCUGAAAAGGUCAAAGAUAUGUUUGACCAAUAUCCCGUGGUGCAGACAGCCUACGACGACAAUGUUCCCAGACUCAAGGAGUCUGAUUUUUGGGCCCGAUUUUUCCAAUCUCGAUUGUUCAAGAAGCUUCGAGGAGAGAGAAUCACACACAAGGAUCCAACAGAUCCACUCAUGGAUAGAUACCUGGAUGAUGAGUACGAUAAGGAGGCUGCACUGGCCGCCGGAAUGCCCGAUAAGGUGCAUCGGUUUGUCGACAUCGGCGGUAACGACUCUCAGGCAGGCUCAGAGUCGUUUGGAAACCGGCCAGACAUGACCAUGAGAGCAGGAUCGUCGGGGAGAGAUGUGGUAAGUGUCAUAAAGAGCAUCAACCGACUGUCUGAACGGCUGGCACAAAAGUCAGAAGCUCCCUUGGCCGAGAAGGAGUACGGAACGCUUGCAUUAGCUGAUCUACAGGGAGAGACUGGUGCGGAGUAUGUUCCUUUGCAGGUCAGACAGAGCGAUACCAAUGGCAACAAGAAGGACAGUGAUGGAGACGUGGAUAUGACUCCAUUGGAUGCAGAGGCAUGUAAGGAGUAUGUGCAUUCUCAGUAUGACAAUCCUGUGUCACUGGCGUCUCUAGUUCAUGAUGACUACUCUGCUGACUAUGCACAGGCUUGGGGCAAUGUCCAGGGUGCUGUGAACCAACAAAAAGGCUCGUGGGAGACUGUACAGGAGAGUCUAAUGGAUCCCAAGGUACUCAAUGACCUUCUCGUUGUUCACACUACGACCAUUGAAUUUCUUCGUCACUUUUGGCACAACUUCCAGGAGGGUUCUGCUGAGUGCAGCUCCAUGGCUAACAGUUUAGCCAAGUGCAUCAAGCGAAUUGAUGCUGCUGUCGGCGAGGUAAAAGAUGAACAGCAGCACAAGUUGGCCGUAGGUGCCAUGGCUUCGGUCAAGACAUCCAUCCACCAUGCUCUGAAAGAGUAUGAUAUUGCAUUGAGGGGAUGA